AUGAACUUUGAUGCGAAUCCUGAUUUACCUGACAUUAGUGUAAGUACAUUCCCUCUUUUCAAUUCAAACUUGACGUUUUCAGCCUUCGUGCUCUGAUGGCAAACAAUACCAACUUUUACCGAAAAACAAGUUUCCUCAAAAGUGUCUCGUUUGUUUGAACUCGUCAACUGGAUAUCAUUAUGAUGUGAGAGCAAUUCAAUCUUAACGAAUUCACCCCGUUUUCACUCUUUUCUAGGUACCCUCUUGCAACGGAUGCAAGUCAUUUUUCCGGCGAACCAUCAUUCUCGGACAUCGGAUGAAGUGCAUGCGGAACGGAGAAUGCUUCAACGUCUCGAUACCGAUCGAUAUGCUCCGUAAGACGUGUCGCUCUUGUCGGUUCGAAAAGUGUGUGGACGUGGGAAUGAAUCCACUCGCAAUUCAUUCGCUGAAGUUGAACGACGGAAGAUCGAAAGAGCUGUUCACGGAAGUCGUGCAACGCAGAAAAGCCGUCGGCCUGACAAGCGGCUCAUUCGUUCUGACCACACCUGAAGUUUUAAUGGAGAGAAUAAUCGGAAAGUUGGAGCUGGUUGAGUCGAGGAUAGAGAAAGUGCAUGACUCGGGGCUUCCUGAUGGAUUGUGUGUGAGUCGAGUGACAGCUUGUAGAAAUUGAAAAAGAGAAAAGAAGAACUUUAGGAUUAUCGGACUCUAGAAGACAUUCUCAAGUCGCAAGUCAUCUUUACCAACUCUGAAAUUCCCUCACUACAAGUGUUUCACGUGGAAGGGUAGGUGGCUCAAAGAGCUUUCGGAGGACCGGACCAACUCAUAUUUCAGGUUCGAUGUGUCCCUUAUGAACUACGCGCACUGUAGCUUUCUAGCGAGCAUCGAGUACUCGAAAACAUUUGAUUUCUUCCGAAAGCUGAGUUUUGAAGAUAAAGUGAGACUGGCAAAACAUUCCACUUGCGUCUGCUCCAUUUUGCACGACUCCUUCUUCUCGAUCAAUAAUUUCAAUGCGGAUUGGCUGUUCUUUCCGAACGGUGUGAUAAUUGGCCCUCCAAGAAGAUCGGGACUCAUCUAUGAUCAUGUGAAGACCCUUGUCGCGGUGUUCAGAAACAAACUGGAUAAAGUGGAGUACAUGCUGCUGAAAGCGAUCAUGAUGUGCAAUCCAGCCGUCUGUGCUCUUUCCCAACGUACUCAAUCAGUUCUGGAGGAGGAAAGACGCACGUUCGCCGUCUGUCUCCUACGUUAUUGUCGAACUCAACACGGAACGAUUCACGGCUCUUCUCGAUAUGCGGCUCUUCUUUCCAUCAUUUCCGUUGUGGAGAAUCAAGCCAAAUGCCAAAAGGACUUCCACACUUACUUACAGGCAACUAGGAACAAAUCGCGUUUCCCGUCUACCAAACUAUUCGAUGAUGUCAUGGAUUCAUGA